CGGCGUGGCGCGGGGCUGCGGGACCCGUAGGCGGCGCUGUGGGCGAGUUGCUGCCGCCGCCGCAGUCACCGGUUCAUCCGGGCCCUGGGGCGGUGUCGGUCCCGGCCCAGUGCCCCCUGUGCUCCUGCUCGGCCGGGGGCCUUACCCACCGGGCAGAAAUCUUACAAUAAAAAUCAUCCUCCAGGCCGGGUUUGCGUUCUCUGUGGGGCUGGCUGCGUUCUGCUUGUUGUCCUCGUACAUAAACAGCGUUUGGAGAAAAUAUAAAAUAUAUAAGGGAGAGUGCAUUUCUUGUUGAUAUGAGAUACAUGAUAAACUUUAAACAGAUAUCUGUGCUUUUAGUUUUACAUUUCCCUGUUUUUGCGUCUGGGUAUCUGAGCAAUAGAGGUCGCGUUUUAGCCUAGAAUAAACGGCAAAUUUUCACUGUUUUKGCAGGGCCAUUCAUUCAGCUUUUCUUYCUUAAAAGAUUCCUGUUUAUAAUUUUCUUCAGAAAUAGUCACAAGAACCUGRCCGGUUUGCAAUGCUGUUUUGUUAUAACCCCAGCUGGCAGCAAAGUACCACACAGCUCAGUGGGGUGGGGAGAAGUGAAUGGGAAGGGUAAAAGUGAGAAAACUUGUGGGUUGAGGUAAGAGCAGUUAAUAAUUGGAAUGAGAAUAAAUUUUAAUAAAAAGAACAAAGACAAAUAGAGCCCAAGAAAACAAGGAAGGCAAAUGAAAAUAAUUGCUCACCAUCAGCUGACUGAUGCUGGUUCAGUGGCUGUCUGGCCAACUUUUCCUCCUGGUUUCUAUUGCUAAGCAUGACASCAUAUGGUCCGGAAUAGCCUUUGGAUCCUUUGCAUAUUUUACGAUUAAAGACAGACUGCCCCAGAUCCUCACAAGAGUUAUUGAUACUCUGCAUCGACAUAAAAAUGAAUUUUUUGAAGAACAUGGCGAGAAGGGUGUUGAAGCAGAGAAGAGAGCUAUAUCUUUCCUCUCCAAACUGCGGAAUGAGCUGCAAACCGACAAGCCAGUGACCCCUUUGGAGGAUGAGCUGCCUGAUGCUGUGCUCUGGAACCAAUACCUGGACUACCAACGAAAUUUACCAAAUGGAAAUGGUGAACCAAGUUGGUUUCAGUCCCCUUGGCUGUAUGUAGAGUGUUACCUCUAUCGAAGAAUCCAUGCAGCAUUAGUACAGAACCCACCUAUUGACAACUUUGAUGUAUUUAAGGAAGGAAAGGCUCAAAAUUUCUUUGAAUCCCAAGAGGCUGUUAUUGCCUUAUGCACUUACUUUCAGGAACUUCUUAAGAACAUCAAGGAUCUAGAUGAGAAGCAACUUCGGGAUGAACUUUUUAAGCUAUUUCAGGUGUCAUUGUGGGGCAAUAAGUGUGACCUUUCCUUUUCAGCUGGUGAAGACAGAUCUCAGAAAUCUAGUCCUUUGCAAUCACUGGAAAACAUGGUACCCUACAUCUUAGUGAAUGAUAUGGAAAAGGUUUGGUCACUACUUGUAAAUGCCAAAAAAAUAAGAACAGAAAGUAAUGUUAGAGUUGACAUAAUCCUGGAUAAUGCUGGAUUUGAACUUGUAAGUGAUCUUGUGUUGGCUGAUUUCUUGUUAUCAUCAAAGCUAGCUGAUGAAGUCUGUUUUCAUGGAAAACGUAUUCCAUGGUAUGUAUCAGAUACCACAAAGCAUGAUUUUAACUGGACUAUUAAACAAUUGGGGUCAGCUAAUCAUAUGUGGAUGUCCAGAUGUGGKAUAAACUGGGAGGGCAAUUUGAAAAAGGGAGUUUGGGUUUUCUGUGACCACAUGUUUUGGACUUUACCACAUGACUUUUCCAGUAUGAGUGAAGUUGCUCCUGACCUCUAUGCUGAGCUACAGAAGUCAAACUUGCUUCUUUUCAAAGGUGAUCUAAACUAUAGAAAAUUGACGGGAGACAGAAAAUGGGAAUAUAGUGUCCCGUUUCAUCAAGCCUUGAAUAAAUUUCAUCCUGCACCUCUCUGUAGUUUGAGAACACUGAAAUCUGACACUCAGGUUGGCCUAAAACCUGGACAAGGUGAGCAAAUUCAGGCUUCUGAACCUGAGUGGAUGGUAAAUGGAAAAUAUGGGAUAGUUCAGUUUGAUGAUGGUCUCUAGUUAAAUGAUUCCUAAUACUCUGAAAGGGAGAUUUAGUCUGAGUUUAAUUCCUUUCUCAGUUCCAUCUUGGCUUCAGUAAAGAUUCUUUUUUGUUUGCACUUUUUUCCUCCCAAGUGAUUUGUUGUUUUUGUUCCACAGAAGACUUUAAUGUUGUGUGAAAAUUUAUAAACUGUCUUGGUAUACGUAAAUCAAUCUGCAUUUCAAUAGAUUUUGUUUUUCUAAUGUCCAGUGUCAGCAGAUCUUUAAGAUGAAUAUUUAGUUGUCCAUAAUGUUUUUUUCCUCAUCAGUGGGUAUGAGUUUAACAAGUGAAAGCUUAACAAGUGAAAAAAUUGCUUCAGAAACAAUUUCCCCAGUCCCACAUUAUCGUGAAUUUACUUUUUUUWCAAUAAUUUGUGCUCCAUGUGUCAUUUCAUGCAUAGCAUGGAAGUUASUAUUUUAGAGAACUCAGAAAUUAAUUCCAGAUAGAUUCUUUUGAUGUUUUGAAUUUGCUUUGCAUUAAGUGAUAAGUURUUGGGUGACAGCUUGUAAACAUUCAUUUAGAAGUGAAAAGGGAAUUUCAAUUUUCAAGUACAAGUGAAUGUUGCUAGCUACUUUGCCUGUGGGAGAGAAGUUGUCCCAUCUGGUAGGAAGAUAAGUUGCAGAAAGGACAAUCUCAUUUUAAGAAUAUUGAAGAUAUUGUUUAUUUAAGAACCUCUACCAAAAAGAAGCUCACAAAAAAGCCUCCCCAAACAAUUAAUGAACCCAAGCAGUUACACUAACUUGAUUUUAGAUUUAAUACAGAUUUUGCAGUUGGCCUGUCAGCAGUGUAUGUAAGAGGUUUAAGCACUGCUGGCUCCUUCUGUAAUUCUCUUUAUUAUUCAAAUGUAUUUGUUUGGCGGUUUUUGUUGUUUGAUUAUUUUUUAAGAAGGAUGCCUUAAUUUUCAGGGYGGAAAUAGAAUCCCAGUGCACUGAGAAAUGCAGGCUAGAGAAGCAUUUGCCAUACAGUUUCCUGUUAACUGGAGUUGUUAGRUGCCCAUUUCUACCCUUCUACCCUGGUCUCAAAAGCUGCUGCUUAUUAUGUUUCUGCAAUAAGGAUUUAUGCAGUGGACAAGUAUGUUCUGAAUGCUGAUGACUUUGAUGAUUUCUGUUUGUGUUGUUCUUAAAUUUGAAAGAGUGUUUUAAGGUUCCAAGGUUACAUAUUCAAAAAUAAAGAUGCAAGGAAUUUCAUGAGACAGUGUGGUAUUGUUGGUAGGAUUCUAAUUUUGAGAUUUGUGUUUCUUUGGCUUAGUACUCCUACAGGGUGAAUUCAUGCUCAUCCUUAGGCACCAGAUUGAACUGCAGAGAUUAGAAAUCCAGUCAAGAAAGCUGAAGUUCAAACUGCUGAAGGCUUCUCUGACUGGAGAGCUCAGCAGGACUCCAGCUUUAGUGCUUUGAACAAAUAGGUAAAGGACAUGAUGAAUCUGUGCACUAGAGCCUCAGUGCCUCCUCUCUGAAAAUGCUGUUAACUUGUUUCAAAUGCACUUUGAAGCAACAACAUUGGCUCAAGAACAGAGGAGUGGAAGUUGAGGAAUACAUGUAAUGAAAACAUCAUACCUUGCUCAGAGAGCCAAAAUGAAUACRAGACAAAAUUUUUUGCACACUUUGCCUGUGCUCAGAUUGUUUGUAAGGUGCUGACCUUAUUUGCUGGAGAGGUUUAAAAGUGUGUAAUCUGUCAGAAAGUCACUGUUGAGGCUCCCCCUUGACAAAUAGAUUUGCCUCUUACACAGUCCUUACACAUGCUGAAAAACUUGGUUUUGUUUUUCACUGGUUGUUAGUGUGUCCCUGUGCCCAGGUUGCUUUCAAGCUGUUACUUCGGGAACUCACGAUGAGAUCAGUGAAAAUUAAUAUUACGAACUUACGAUAAAUAGAAUCCUAGAAAUUAUAAAAUCACUUAGGAGAUGUAGUGGCAUUUGCAUGGUGUUACUGAAUGUUGAAGAGUAUUGUAUGACAUUUAAUUCAUAGCUUAGCAUGUGAAUGCUAAUGUGAGACAUGAUGUCAUGCUGAAAAAAAAUAGUUCUAUUCUCCAGUUGAUUAAAAGUUCACUUUUCCUCUUUUACCCUUCACAAAGAGAAGUUUAUAUGGYAAUGCACAGUGUGACUGUGUGGCUAUGUAAGGAAUGCACAGCCAUAACUUCCAAACCCUUGACUUUUUAUAGUUGUUACUGCAAAGUGCUAUCUCUGGGCAGAGCUGAACAGGCAACAUUCUUUUAUGUUUGUUGGUUGGCUAUAUUUUUGUAAAAUUUUGAUUGACUGUAUGAAAAAAAGAACACAUCACUGUUGCUGUAAUGCCAGUGUUGCAGUCUCACAUGAAAUAAAAAGACACGUAUUCCAAUAUUGUUAAGACAGAUAUUCCAGUAAAGGGCUGUGCUCUGCUGAUAUGUUUGCUACAGUUUACUUAAAAAUAGGAAAGGCUUUUGUAGCUAUUCAGUGUUAAUUACAUUUGUAAUACAGCUUUGUGAAAUGGCAGCAUGAGCCUCUUGUGUUUAAGUGGUAUUUACUGUUAAAACAACAUAAAGAGUGUGUUUGAACAAUAGCAAGUGCUGUAAUAUAGCAUUAUUUUUUUUACYUGAGUAUUCAAGAAAGUUCCUUCUAUACAUCUGUGUUACAACUGAUUGCCCAAAAUACUUGUGCAGUAUGUCUCAGGAGCUACUGAUUUGUACAUCCAAAUUUUUGAGAUUUUAAUUUCAUAUGCUAUUUGAAUACUUAGGGCAAAAAAACAAAASCAUUUUCAGUAAUUCUGACAACCACAAUAAGACAAUAUUUUGUACUUUUUAUUUUUGUCUUCUACCUUUUGAACUGCAUUUCUAAGUCAGUUUUUGAUGGUGAUGACUUUCAUUGUUGAUGAAGUAGGAGGAAAGUAAUGUUACAGGAACGGUGGAAGCUAGUACAUACAUCUGUCUGAAUACUCGAUAAGUUAUCAUGUAAGAUAUCUACAAUAAUUUAUGUAUAUAAGGUUUCUUAAGAUAAAUGGAUUGAUGAGGAAAGUAAGUUGAUUUUAUGACUACAAACUUGUAAGAAUAUUGAAAUAAAUUAUAUAAUUUUGUGCAAGUCAAACAUCGUUACACUAUUUCAGUGGCUGGGGAAGCCAGCUUAAAAUAGUGCAUGUCUUAGUUCCUGAAUUUUUUUUCUUUGAAACAGAUUUUGUACAUAAACUUGUAAAACAUAUUUAUUCAAUGAGGUUUUGAAAGAUACAGAUGCAAGAGACAGGUAUCAUAAAAUGUUCUUCUAUAACAAGACAGGGAAAUAAUAAGGAAUUCUCUUAAGUUUUAGUUUACUUGUAUUCCUGUUAAAAUUUCAAAAUCUUAAAAAUCAUUGAGAAUCUCUUAAAAUGUAUCUGGUAAUUAUAUACUGAGGUUGUUGCAGCUGGUAGUGUCAUUUUCAGGAUCACUUCCAGAACUAAGAGGUGCUCCAUGUGUUCUCAGCAAACUGGAAAUAUUUUGGUGUUACUUUUGCUGUAACUAAAUAUUUCCAAGACACUUUGGUUUACRCACCUUGCUGAUCAUAAACCCUAACAGUUGUUGUUGAGAUAAUUUCUUUAAAGUUCAUAGUGUAUUUGCACUUGUGGUUAACUAUUUGACAACUUGUUCCAUGUGAACGUUUGUCUCCUGUGCUGUCAGACAGCAUAGAAAAAAGUUCCCUCUGUUGCAUGAAAGUUACUCUAUGAAAUGGUUUUAAUCUAAAAAGAAACCCUUAAUUGUGUCUAAAAUAAAAAUUCCAAAAUGGAAUCUUGUACAGAACUGUUGUUUUUUUUUUUUUUUCACUAAAGUUUGUUUGCUUACCAGCUUUCUGUUUACCCAAAAUUACAGAACAAAAGUUUGUAAUUAUUUUUAUUUAAAGCAAAAAUAUAAGUUGAAAUUUGCCUAACACUUAUCUAAGGAUUUUAAAAUAAAACUGUGAAAAUGUGCUGGUUAAAAUGGUAAUUUUCUUUCUUUCCCAAAUGCCAGUGGCAGAACACAUGUGAGGRAAAAUAGGUCCUAUACAAAGGACUGUUUAUAUUUUCUGGUUUGGUUCUGUUUUGCUGGGKUUUUUUUUCUAAAAAAGUUUUGAAAAUUUCUGUACAUUUUUAUCUUGCUGAUACACUUCUAUUUCUAGCAGCCCUGGAAAGAAAAAGUCCACUUACAUAUAUUUUUACAUGAAUUAAGAACUAGUUUAUAGAUAUUGGUCCACAUUCUGCCUCAGCUUUGCAGUUGUGAAUUCUGCAGAUGUUUUUUGAGAAGGGUUUUUGGAGGGUUGGCUCUUCUGGCUUUGUUUCU